GGCGCUGGCGGUGAGCGCGGUUGGCGGGCGCACUCGGGGCCUGCAGGCGUGCACCCCGUCUCGCCGCUUCGCCCUGGUCCCGUCUCUGGAACUAUGUCCGAGGGGGUGGAUCUGAUCGACAUCUACGCCGAGGAGGAGUUCAACCAGGAUUCAGAGUUCAGUAAUGCCGAUCAGAUGGAUCUGUACGACGAUGUGUUAGCCGCCAGCUCGCAGCCCCCCGAAAACCGCACCAGCAGCUCGGAGCCCCCCCCAGAGAUCCGCCAAGAAACCUCUCCCAAAGCCAACAACAAAGCUCCCGCCAUCCUGUACACAUACAGCGGGCUGCGCAACAAGAGAGCUGCCGUCUAUGUGGGCAGCUUCUCCUGGUGGACGACGGACCAGCAGCUGAUCCAGACCAUCCGCUCGGUCGGUGUUUACGAUGUGGUGGAGCUGAAAUUCGCAGAGAACCGAGUGAAUGGCCAGUCCAAAGGGUAUGCGGAGGUGGUGGUCGCCUCAGAGAACUCGGUCCACAAACUCUUGGAGCUUUUACCUGGCAAAAUCCUGAACGGGGAGAAGGUGGAGGUGAGGCUGGCGACCCGGCAGAACCUCUCGCAGUUCGAGGCGCAGGCUCGCAAACGUGUGCCGCCGCGGGCCCACUCCCGGGACUCGGUGGAUUCGGUGGACGGCUGCGCCGUGCCCACGGGGAACGCUUUGCCGCCCGCCCGCCUGGAGAAACCCCGCUCCGUCCUGCCCUUCUUCAGCCGCCCCCCCGCCGCCCUCCCCCUCAUGGGGCUCCCCCCGCCACCCAUGCCGCCUCCGCCCCCCCUUUCCUCCAGUUUCGGAGUCCCCCCGCCCCCCCCAGGCAUCCACUACCAGCAUCUCAUGCCCCCGCCGCCCCGACUGCCCCCACAUUUGGCUGUGCCCCCGCCGGGGGCUGUGCCCCCUGCCCUGCACCUCAAUCCUGCCUUCUUCCCUCCCCCAAACACGGCGCUGGCUCCUCCACCGGACACCUACGGCAAAGCCAUGGCCCCCUACAACCACAGCAGCCGGGAGCUCAGCCUGCCCCCUCCCCCUGCGAGCGACCUGGAGUUUGAGGAGAUCAUGAACAGGAACCGGGCGAUUUCCAGCAGCGCCAUCUCCAAGGCAGUGUCUGGUGCCAGCGAAGGUGAUUACAGCGACGCCAUCGAGACCCUCCUGACGGCCAUCGCUGUCAUCAAACAGUCCCGCGUCGCCAGCGACGAGCGGUGCCGCGUCCUCCUCUCGUCCCUCAAGGACUGUCUGCACGGCAUCGAGGCCAAGUCCUACAGCACCGGCAGCAGCUCCUCCCGGAAAAGACACCGAUCUCGGGAGCGCUCUCCCAGCCGGUCGCGCGAGAGCAGCCGGCGGCACCGAGAUUUGCUCCAUGGUGACGAUCGGCACGAGGAUUAUUUCUCAGAGCGGAACCGAGAGCACGAGCGACAUCGCGACAGGGACAGAGACAGGGACCGGCACCACUGAGACAGGAGUUUUGACAGUUUAGGUGGUUUUUAACGGACUUGUAUCUCACCUCGACCAGGACGACGUGACCGAGGCCGCUGCGCUCCCCCUGUCCCUUCCCCGCCACCCCAGCUCUCUCCGGGUGCCCAGGGGGGCUCCCACCCCCACCUCGUGGCCUUGCCCGCACCCACUGCUCCAGGGAACGCCUGCUCCGCUCCGUGGACACUUGGACCCAAAGAGAAAUGGUGCUUUUUUUGCCACGGAGGGGGGUUCGUCACCUGUUUUUGGGGUGGCUGGAGGGGAUGGAGCCCCCCCGGUGCCAUGCAGCACUGGGGCUUGGAGGGUGGACAGCUCCCGACUCUGCUACGGGGAUUUUGGCCACACUCCUGUCCCCGUGACAAGCCCUGUGAGUUGCCACGCUCCUGUUUUCUCCCCCCUCUAAAAGGGGAAGUGUGGCCAGGGGCGUCUCUGCCCCGAUGUCACUUCCCGCAGUGGCUUUGGCACCCCUAUGCUCAUCUCCUGCAACAGCCGCUCCGGAGCCACCUCUCCCGCAGCAUCUUCCUUGUUUUAGAGGAAGAGGAGGAGGCGGAGGCAGAGCCCCCCCAAACCCCACACCCCUCUGGGGUCCCUGCGGCAGGAGAGGGAGCUGAGGGGACACAAGGUGACGUCCAGGGCGGGUGGCAUCACCCUCUGAACUGUGGACAGGAGAAGCCCGGCUCCAGAGGUCUUUUUUUUAGGGUAAAAUCACAUUAACUAACUGAAAAAAAAGUCUUGUAAAGUACCGCGAGGGGCCGGGGCGGGGAGGGGAGCGCAGGGGGGAGCGCUCAGUGGGACAGUUCUGGUUAUUUUUUUUUACUUAACGACACAAAUUUUUAGGUUUUUUUCUUUCCAAAUAGUGGGGGGCGACAGCGCAGAGCAGCCCCCGAUUAACCCCCAGCGAGGCGCUGCCCCCCUGCUCGCAGCCACUAGAUUUGUUUGUCUUUUUCCGAUAGGUUGGAAAUUGUGUAAUAAACUUGAUGACGUUGUCGAUCUUUUA